CGCACCUAACUCUCAUGCCCACCAUACUCAUUCCACCCAGACUCGACAUUCGACGUUAACGUUCAACUAUGCUAUCUGAAGUCGUUAAUAUUCAUUGAAUAUGCGACUCCAAUUGCGACAUCUCUUAUUCAUGGCGAUGAUACAUACAUCGGUUCUCGCCUCAUCCUGCUAAGUAUCAUAUUGGACUAUAUUACCCACUCUUCCCCGUCUACGCCUGAUUUGAGAGAUAACACGCCAUGAAUCACCUUGGUAUCUGCUAAAUGCGAAACAAUAUCCUCUGAACCUCUCUUCAGUCCCCAUUACCAAGAUUUACCCCAUCCUUCCAAGACAGGUAUUGUAUACAACAACGUCCGAUCCAUUAUGAGCAGAUCGAUGCCAUGUCUUACGGCGUGUUACGGGUAUGAACAACGAUGAGCGUGGUUCGACGAUGCCCGGGGGAAAGUGGUCGUAUCAGGGAGAUCAUAAGCCCACUUGCUCCCGCUCUUUCGAUGCAACCAAGACCAAGGCGUGCCACAUACAUCUUGUACAUAUAAAACCCUUUCUCCCCGAUAACAUCCUCUGAUCCCGUAGGAUAGAAGGGUACCCCAGCUCACACUCUGGGUACCGAUAUAAAAAUUUAGAACCCCAAUCCGAGGAACAUCUGGCAGGCACAUUCGAAAAGGCUGACAAUGUUGGACAUCGAAGCGUUUCGCAAGGCCGGAUAUCAAGCAGUCGACAGAAUCUGCGAUUACUAUUAUUCCUUGGAGAAACGUCCUGUCGCUUCUCAGGUGCAGCCUGGAUACCUGCGUGAGGCCCUUCCAGAAUGCGCACCGAACCAGGGAGAGGACUUCCAAACAAUCGCAGACGAUUACCAAAAGCUGAUCAUCCCAGGGCUUACCCACUGGCAACAUCCUUCUUUCUUCGCAUUCUUCCCGACUGCGAGUACCUUUGAAGGAAUGAUCGCAGAUCUGUACGCCAGUAGCACCUGCAACCCGGGAUUCAACUGGGCAAGCAGUCCCGCGUGCACUGAACUCGAAGCGGUCAUGAUGGACUGGGCAGCCAAAAUGUUCGGUUUGCAUGAUCACUUUUUGAACAGCUCUGGCAUCGGAGGCGGUGUUAUUCAGACCACGGCGUCGGACUCCGCGUUGGUGUCAGUCGUUGCUGCGCGGUCUCUCUACAUUCGAAAGCAUCCAGAUGUCAAGCAUGAAGACCUCGUCUUCUACACCACGACUCAGACUCACUCACUCGGUGUCAAGGCUGGCUUAGUCCUUGGCAUGGAAUGUCGAGCCUUGGAAGUCAAAGUCGAAGACCAAUUUGCUCUUCGUGGUUCGAUACUGAAACGUGCAUUGGAAGAAGACAAGAAGCACGGAAAGCAUCCAUUCAUGAUAAUUGCUACUGUGGGCACAACGUCUUCUGGUGCUGUCGAUCGAUUAAGCGAGAUAGGGGAAGUCGUCAAGGAUCACCCGGAUGUUUGGAUCCAUGUUGAUGCUGCUUGGGCCGGAGUCACACUCGCUUGCCCUGAGUUCCGCGAAACAGCUCAGCUGGAUAACAUCAACCGAUAUGCUGAUUCGUUCUGCACGAAUUUCCACAAGUGGGGUUUGGUCAACUUCGACUGCUCUACGCUAUGGGUGAAGAACAGGAAAUACCUGACAGAUGCUCUUGACAUUACUCCGGAAUUCCUCAGGACCAAGCACGGUGACGCAGGCACUGUUAUUGAUUACCGUAACUGGCACCUCGCACUUGGGCGACGCUUCCGUUCUUUGAAAGUCUGGUUCGUCCUCCGAAGUUACGGCGUAGAAGGUUUCAGGAACCACAUCCGCCAAGGCAUUGAACUAAGCCAAUACUUCGCAUCUCUAAUCAGAGCAUCGCCUUCAUUCGAACUUGUCACCGAGCCUUCCUUUGCGUUGAGCGUAUUCCGCGUCCUUCCCUCUGGAGAUUCCGAAGGCUCCCAAGCUGUCACGCUCGAAUUGGUUAACGAGUUGAAUCGAUCAUUCUACUCACGCCUAUCUGCUCGCCCGGAUAUCAUGCUUACGCAGACAAUGAUCAAUGGCGUCUUCUGUAUACGCUUUGCUGUCGGUGCAACCAGGACGAAAAAAGAGCACAUCGAUAAAGCUUGGUCGAUCAUUCAGGAAGAAGCUGUGGCCGCAGUCCAAGAUUGGACGCCAUAAUAGACAGGCGAAUGGGGCCAGGCAAUGUCUUGGGGCGAUGCAUGAACGGUAGAUUGAACAUGAUUUUUACGUCUGAGUCGCUUGCUCUAUUCAAUUCAAUUCACAAUGGAAUAGAUGCGGUGUGGCUAGCUGUGUUGCCAUGCUCUCUGUUAAGGGUAUUGGGUUGAGAUUGCAGUGGCUCCAAGGGCUUUCAUGGCACUGCAUGGUAGCAACUAUGUCUGGACGUUCAAUCCCUGUAUAGGUCUGUACUGGUCUAUGUACACUGCAUGUACAUUGCUUCCAAGGAAAUCCCCUCAAAAGCCACUUUGGACGCUGAAAUCUGUAUAUUCUGGAUCUUCGACGUCGUCCCCUCACAUCCUUGCUAACGCUCUUCUCCACCUUACAGCGUCUCCACUUCCAACGCCCGGAUUGUAAGCCAACAAGUCUUUCAGCAUCGAUGGCAGAGUAGUCCCUACAGGCCAAUUCAGCCAAAUGAGUGGGUUCAUAACAAGGCGGAUUACUCGCCGAGAUCUAGGCACGCGCUCGCCAUCUAUUCGAGUAGGUUGGCGGAGGAGGCUCAGGUGGAGAAUAGAGAGGAAGCGUGGUAGUACUGCCUGCCGCCGUAACGGCAGGACGACGCGCAUGAUGGCGGAAGUCUGACAGCGGCAGAAACCCCUCAGAAUCAUAACUGUUUCGCGUGUUUUCCCCGCCACGAGGGUGCAAGACAGCUUGGGGGCACGACGCAAUCAGCUUCAACACGGGCAAAGGCUCAGUGUGCCAUGACCGAAGUCGUAGGAGGGUAACAUACAUGGGUUUGCGUUGUUUGUUUCUCCACGGAAACGCCUAAACGUUCCACGUCUCCCCACGUAGUAAAAUAAGCCGAUCACGCUUGCAAAUAUGACUGUGCAAGCUG